UUUGGGACACAAGGCUUUCCCCCAGUAGAGGUCCUCGUCGAGCUCUGAUUUAAAAAGCUUCAGCAUCCAGUUUGAGCUCAAAACUGAGAUACAGUCAUGUUUGCAAUUCUUCUGACUGUAUCAAUGUUUAGCCAAGGUUCUACAAUGGUGAGCUAUGGAAAAAGUUUCAUCACAGCAUUUCCAGAGAAUUUAGGUUACUUUUAUCCAAACACUUCAAAUAGACUGAGAGUCACCGCCCUCCUUGAUGGCACUUCUGUCAACAUCUUCUACAACGGCAACAGCACACCAACACAGACGAUAACACACAUAUUGAAAGGCGAAAUUGUAACUGUGGUGUUUCCAAAAUCUGCUGAAGUAUAUCAACUCAACUACUCCACACAAUCUAUCCGAAUCACCAGUAACAAAUACAUUGCUGUACAUUCUGUCAGUAGUACAAAUUUUACUAUUAAUGUAAUCUCUGCCCAGACCAAUGUUGUUCAACCCAAUGAAAAUCUCGGAAUGAAUUACCUGAUCCCCUCAUUGAACUACACAACCUUUCUCACAACGUUUGGCAUAACCCAGUCAGCCCCCUGGUCCACAAGAUACGACUCAUUCAGACUGAUCAUCAUCAAUGCUGAGGACACAGAAAACAAUAUCACGAUAGUCAAGAACAUAUCAGACAAAAUUCAAUUAGUAAACUUCACGAUCCCAUCAUACCAACUCAUCCAGUUGCAGGCCGAUGAUUCAAUGAUGAUGGUUAACUCGAGUAGUAAAAUAGCUGUGCUGCUGACUCACCCGUGUCUAGAUAAACCAGGCUGUACAUGCAGCAUGAUAGUCAAUCAGAUUCUUCCUGUGAGAUUUCAGGGUCAGAAAUUUGUUGUGCCCCAUGUUCGAGAUAUAACCCAGAGACAGUUAGUUAUGACAUCAAAUGACAAUUCAGACUUACUAUCCCAAGACAAUACUCCAUUAACUUCUAGUUCAUCAGGGUAUCUGUCUCUUCCGGAUCUGAACACCAGGUAUGUCACUGCUUCGAGUAACGUGUCUCUCAAACUGAUAAUUCCAGGACUUUUCAUUGAAUUGAUCCCAGAAAACCAGUUUGCUGCGUGCUACAUGCUGCCGUUCUAUUCAAAUAACCAGUGGGCGGUUGUGAUAGCUAAAACUGGCAGCAGAGAUAAGGUUCGCACGGACCCGCUUGUAAACCCUAAUUGGUCUGAGCUUUUUCACACACCAUACUCUCAAGCUGAAAUAUCUUUAUCAAACCAAAUGAACAUUAUCUGGCAUCCAAGCUCAAAGAUUGUUGUUUAUGUAGUGGAAAAAUUUAACAACAUCAUUUUUGGAGGCCCAGCUAUACCAAUAAAGGAAAAUCCAGAUUCAUCUGGCUGUAUGACUCCUGUAGAGUUUGUAGUUGGAGAAAAACCUCUUAAAUGGACUGAGUCCCUGGCUUACUGCACAACCAGUCAAAUUCAAUUUGCCUGUCCUACAGAUGAAGACGUACAGAUAGAGUUCGCCAAGCAGGUUAACACAACAAAUGUGGAGGGUUGGAUCGGUCUUCGUCGUAGUCUAAUGACUACAGCCUGGUACUGGCAGACAAAUACAACAUCAGAAUCAUCAUCUGUGAAUUACGUUUACUGGGCCGAUGGGCAACCACAGGACAAAAAGUUCGAACUUUGUGCCUCACUGUCACUGAAUCAAACAGAUGAUUUUAAAUGGAAAAGUGCUAAGUGCUGUGAGAAAAAGCUUCCUGUCUGCUACCAACAACGAAAAAUCUUGCCUCCUUUAACUAUGACUUCUACAGUUUACAUUCCUUAGGAUCUUGUGUAUAUUUAUAAUAUAAUACCAGAAAUAUUUCAGUGUAUUUUUAAUAUGUCCCUGUUCUCCUAAAUUGUAAAAUCAUUGUAGUUUCUGGUGGGAGAUACUAAACAUAUAUGCAGUUAUAAUCCAUUAUUGGUAAAUUAUUCUUAGGGAGAAAUAGAUUUGUAAUGCAUGUUGUUCAAUGAGAUUUCUAUUAGCUUUAAAAAAAAACUAAUUAGCAUGAGGACAUUUUAUUAGUGUGAAAUUAAAGUAGAUUUCUGAAUUGUAAGAUCUUAGAAACAUCUUCCAAAAAUGUCUGACUAACAAGUUGUCUGAAUUUGUAGAAAUCAAAUCUAUAUCUUGAAGAACAUAAAAGCUUCAACCUUCCUCCUUUUGGAUGUUCAUCAUAUUUAUGACUUCUAUAACUUUAAUGUGCAAAUGGGAAAUUUGUUAAUGUAGUCACCAUAUUAAUACUAAAAGUAGUGUAGGUCUUACCUCACUAUUAUAUAACAUAGCCUGUAGUGAUGUUGGCUCACUGGGGGCUUCAUUUAUAUUAAGGUGUGAUUCUG